AUGAGCGCUUCCCCGACGCUGCCCCCCGGGAGCGAGGAAGAGCUCCAGACUGCCUGGUCCCCAGCGGUCAACGCCAGCUGCACCCCGGGGGAGGAAGAGGCGGCGGCGGGGAGGCGGGACGCGGGGGCAGCGGGCAUGGUCGCCUUCCAGUGCAUCUACGCGCUGAUGUGCCUGGUGGGCCUGGUGGGCAACGCCCUGGUCAUCUUCGUGAUCCUCCGCUACGCCAAGAUGAAUACGGCCACUAACAUCUACCUGCUCAGCCUGGCCAUCGCGGAUGAGCUCUUCAUGCUGAACGUGCUCUUCGUGGCCUCGUUGGCCGCCCUGCGCCACUGGUCCUUCGGGUCCGUGCUGUGCCGCGCGGUGCUCAGUGUGGACGGCCUCAACAUGUUCACCAGCGUCUUCUGUCUGACCGUGCUCAGCGUGGACCGCUACGUCGCCGUGGUGCACCCUCUGCGCGCCGCCACCUACCGGAGGCCCAGCGUGGCCAAGCUGAUCAACUUGGACGUGUGGCUGGCGUCCUUGCUGGUCACCCUGCCCAUCGCCAUCUUCGCAGAUACCAGGCCGGCUCGGGGCAGCCAGGCCGUGGCCUGCAACCUGCAUUGGCCGCACCCGGCCUGGUCAGCGGUCUUUGUGGUCUAUACUUUCCUGCUGGGCUUCCUGCUGCCCGUUCUGGCCAUCGUCGUGUGCUACCUGCUUAUCGUGGGCAAGAUGCGGGCGGUGUCACUCCGGGCCGGCUGGCAGCGGCGUAAGCGCUCGGAAAAGAAGAUCACACGGCUGGUGCUGAUGGUGGUAGCCGUCUUUGUGCUCUGCUGGAUGCCCUUCUACGUGGUGCAGCUGCUGAACCUGUUUGUGACCAGCCUUGAUGCCAUGGUCAACCAUGUGUCCCUCAUCCUCAGCUACGCCAACAGCUGCGCCAACCCCAUCCUCUGUGGCUUCCUAACCGACAACUUCCGCCUGUCCUUCCAGCGGGUUCUCUGCCUGCAGUGCUGCCUCCUGGAUGCACCUGGCGGUCCUGAGGACGAACCCCUGGACUAUUAUGCCACUGCCCUCAAGAGCAGAGAUGGGGCAGGAUGGAUAUGCCCUCCGCUCCCCUGCCAGCAGGGGCCCUUGCAACCAGAACCCAGCCACAAGCAGGUCCCCCUCACCAGGACCACCACCUUCUGA